CUUUCUCUCAGCAGCCGCAGCGGCUGUUUAGUGGAAUCGCAGGAGGGAAAGGUGUUCUUCAAAGCCUUUGCAUAUCUUCUUGAGCUGGUUUUGAUCUAUGAAUCUACUGACAGCUGAAACCUUUUGUAAGGUAGUAGUUUUAGAAGUCAAGGAAAUAAAACUUCCAGUCAUCAGGACCUGCAAGGCUGAAACUGUAUGGGAGGCAACAAUUGUAAGGGCCAGGGGAAGAAAAGUUCGAUGCUGUUGAAAAGAAGUCAGAAGUUGCCUCCUUGGGAAGAGGCUCUUCUUCCUGGAAAAGACCCAAGAGCUUUACUAAAGCAUGGACUACAAUAUGUCAAUUUGAACCUCAUAAUGAAGGGGAUGACAAGACUUCCUGACUUUUUAUGGGGACUUCCAGAAGUCCAGAAACUAAACCUCUCGCACAACCAAUUGGUGACUCUUCCUUCAGCUUUGGGAAAACUUGACAGACUGGCAGUGCUCAAUCUGUGUGGGAAUCGUUUGAGGUCUCUGCCUAAGGAGAUUGGACUACUCAGGAACCUGAAGGUUUUAUUUGUCAAUAUGAAUUGCUUGACUGAGAUACCAGCAGAACUUGGACACUGCAGGAAGUUGGAAGUCUUGAGUCUCUCACACAACUGCAUCUCCCAUCUCCCUUCAAGCAUCACAGAACUAAUAAGCCUAAGAAAGCUGAACCUUAGCAACAAUCAGUUCAUCUACAUUCCUCUAAGUGUUUUUGCAUUGAGGAAUUUAGAUUUUUUACAUGUGGGCUGCAACAAACUUGAAAACAUUGGAGAGAGUAUCCAGUUUUUAGUGAACUUGCAGAUCUUAAUCGCUGACUAUAACAACCUUCAUGCUUUACCAAGAUCUAUCUGCUCUAUAACUUCUCUUGAACUUCUAAAUGUUGAUUACAAUUCUAUUCAAAUGCUUCCCAAUGAACUUUACCAGCUUCACCGACUGCCCAAAAUUGCUUGGAAUCCAGUGGAUAAAGGCCUUCAUAUUUCACACAACCCUUUGUCCAAACCACUGCCAGAGAAGGUAGAGGGAGGAUUGCAUAUGCUCUUCAGCUAUCUCAAGGACAGAAAUCAGCACCUCUAAACUUUCAAUAUAUCUGCAAUAGACCCUACAGCUGUGCCUCCAUCAUACCAUUGUAUUUUUCUAAUCAGUGGGUUUCUCACUGCAAAACUCAAGAUUUUGAAGAUUAAAGAGUUACAAUAAACUUUUCUGAAAGCAAGUACAUUGACUUUGUAUUAACUGUGCAAUGAAUUAUUUUCUAAAAAAUGUUAUGUUUCAGGAAUGUUGAGUUAUCCUUGGGGGGAGCACUGAUUUACAUAUUCAUUGGUAUUCAGUUGUAAAAAGAUUAAUGUAGGGCCAAUAACCUUUUUUCGGAGCAUCUUUUUCCAUGUUUCAGACUGCAGUAAUAUACAUAGAAUUUACUCUGUGUGCUAUGAAUUAACUUUGUGAUGUUUGUGACACUUUUAAGUCCUGUUCACUAUUUUGUACCAAGAGCAACUGCUACUAAAAAUGAUAACA